CUGACAGGUGGGCCCAGCAUUCAGCUCUUGGCGUCAGCUGGUGGCUCUGGAGGAAGAAAAAUUAGUAUAAAAUCUGGUUCGGCCUUGGCUAAUCCGCGCAAUAAUUAUCGCGAGGGGAGGGAGCCCGAACGACCAAAGCAAAGCAAACCGAGAAGAGAAGAGAAGAGAAGAGAAAUCGGCCGGUCUUCCCUCGCUGGACUAACUAGAGAGCAGAGAGAGCAUCAGAGCAGGCAAACCACAGCGCAGAGCCAAGGCAGCAGGCUCAUCGCCGCCGGUGGUUCGCUUCCUGCCGCUCCACCAAGCCCCGAAUCAAAGCCGGAGCUGCGCCUCCCUCCCUCCCUGCUAUUGGUGUUGGUUUAUCGCGCGGCUGGCCGGGGGCGCUGCCGUGUGCUGCGGAGAGGAGGACCGGAGGGGGCGAAGCAUGGACCGAUCCGCCGCGGCGGAGCUGGAGAGGGCGGAGAGGGUGGUGAGGCGGUGGAACUCCACGGCGUCCGCGCCCGCGGGCGGCGGGGGCGGGGGCGGGGGCGGGGGCGGGGAGGACCAGAUGCUGUUCGACGGCGGCGGGGACCGGGCGGAGGCCGAGCGCUUCCUCCAGGCGGUGGACGACCUCCGCCGCCUCGCGCCGCCGUCCCCCGGCAGCCCGCGCCGCACCUCCUCGACGGGGGGCUCCGGCGCCGUCCAGGUCGCCAUGGCGCGGCUCGAGGACGAGUUCCGCCACGUGCUGGCGUCGCGCGCCGUCGACCUCGAGAUCGAGGUGCUGGCCGACCUCAGCUCCCUCUCCAUGUGCAGCGACCGCUCCAGCUUCUCCGACGUCGGCGACGCGCCGCCGCCGGUGGACGACGACUCCGUCGAGUCCUCCGUCGGCCGCCGCAGCAGCUACCGCUCCAUGCGCAGCAUCCGCGAGAUCGACCUCCUCCCGCCCGAAGCCGUCACAGACCUUAACGCCAUCGCCUCCCGCAUGGCCGCCGCCGGCUACGACCGCGAGUGCGUCCAGGUCUACGCCUCCGUCCGCAAGCCGGCCGUCGACUCCGCCCUGCGCCGCCUCGGCGUCGAGAAGCUCACCAUCGGCGACGUCCAGCGGCUCGAGUGGGACGCCCUCGAGGUCAAGAUCCGCCGCUGGAUCCGCGCAGCUCGCGCCGCCAUCCGCGGCGUUUUCGCCAGCGAGCGCCGCCUUUGCUUCCUCAUCUUCCACGACCUCCCCCUCUCCAACCCCACCAUCGCCACCCCCGCUCCCACCACCACGCUCGCCGCCCCCUUCGUCGAAACUGUCAGGGGCGCCGCGCUGCAGCUCUUUGGCUUUGCCGAGGCCAUCAGCAUCGGCCGCCGCUCACCGGAGAAGCUCUUCAAGAUCAUUGAUCUGCACGAUGCACUGGCCGAUCUGCUGCCUGAUGUCUCCGAUAUCUUCGCCGCCUCCAAGGCCGGGGAAUCCAUAUAUGUGCAGACUACCGAGAUCAGGGCGCGUCUGGCUGAUGCUGUCCGUGGGAUACUCUCUGAGUUCGAGAACGCCGUUCUCUGUGAUCCCUCCAAGACUCCAGUACCCGGCGGCACCAUCCAUCCCCUCACUCGCUAUGUGAUGAAUUACAUUGUCCUCAUUUCCGACUACAAGACGACACUUUCUGAGCUGAUCGUGUCACGGCCAUCAGCUAGCUCGCGUGUUCGUGCCGAGGGCAAUGAGCUCAGACCGCCAUUUCCUGAUCUGGACCUUCCUGAUCCUGACAGCCAGCUACCCCUUUCUGCUCAUCUCAUCUGGACUAUUGUGGUUCUUGAACACAACCUUGAAGGCAAGGCAUCACUCUACAAGGACCCGGCACUCUCUCACUUGUUCCUAAUGAACAAUGUGCACUAUAUUGUGCACAAGGUAAAGGACUCGCCUGAGCUCCGGGGACUCAUUGGCGAUGUGUACCUAAAGCGGCUUACAGGUAAGUUCCGGUUGGCAGCCACAGCUUAUCAGCGCAGUGCAUGGCUUAAGAUCCUGAAUUGUCUAAGAGACGAGGGUCUCCAUGUCAGCGGUGGCUUUUCAUCAGGAAUAUCCAAAUCAGCACUUCGGGAGCGAUUCAAGUCUUUCAAUGCUGCGUUCGAGGAGGCACAUAGGGUCCAGUCUGGGUGGUAUGUGCCUGACACACAGCUGAAAGAAGAGCUUAGGAUCUCAAUAGCAGAGAAGCUGCUCCCAGCAUAUCGAUCCUUCCUUGGUCGAUUCCGGCAUCAUAUUGAGAAUGGGAGGCAUCCAGAGUUGUACAUCAAAUACACAGUUGAGGACCUUGAGAUAUCCGUGACGGAUUUCUUCGAGGGGUCUCCACCUCCGCCGCAUAAUAGGAGGAGAUCCCAUGGAUGAGAGAUUGCUUGAAGCUUGCAGUAGCUGUAUCACUUGGUUGGGUGUUGUUGCCGAGCAUUCUUUAAUUCUUCGGUGAAGCCAGUGCAGGCAGUCGGGUAUGUAUUUUGUUUCACUCUCCUGAGACUUAAGGGUGUAGUUGGUGAUGAUUUCUUCUACUAGAGGUAAUCUGAAACAGAAUCAAGGAUCAUAUUGAUGUUGUCAAAAGUCUUGGUGUUUCUUCCUCAGUUGGUGAUCUUGUUCAUUUGUUAAAGUAUUGUUGUAAUUUUGUGUAGCAGCAUGUUCAUAUAGGAAUGUUCUUUUAGUAAUGUCGCAUAGUUGUAAGUUGUAAUUUCCUGGUCUUCAUUUGACCUUUAGCUGGGUGUCUUGCCUUCUUCUUGGUUGAAUCAAAUAUAAAUAUGAAGAUUGCACUUGGUAGAUUAGAUAUAAAA